CUUUUGACAACUCGAAGACACGUUGUCGAGCUGAACGAUUUUCCGGCGUACCUUGUCCACUUUAUUGGUGCUAUCCCACAAUACUCGCCGUACAGCUGGCGGUAGGAGACAGCGUAGAAAGUCUCGGAUAGCUAAUGGGUCUCAAGGAACGCAGACAGCUCAGGUCUUCGACCCACCUGCGUUUGACACGCCCAGUUCUCGUCAAUGGCUUGAGGCUUUUCUGGGCGAUUGUUAUUUUCUGGGGCGACUUUGGAGUUUACUUUUGGAGUUUGGCCUCCUGCAGAUGGCCUGACUCUUCACUGGCGCGUUCCAAGGAGAGACCCACCCAUGUCAUGAUAAUAUCUGAUCCUCAGGUUAGGCACCCAUCGAUAUUCUAUGAAGAGACCUCGUGGUUAGGCUCUCUUCGCCAACUUAUAUUCGACUUGAACCUAAAGAAGAACUGGAACGUAGCUGCCCAUUUCAAGCCCGACAUAGUUAUAUUCCUCGGUGACAUGCUUGCUAGUGGAAAGCAUGUUCGAUCAGAGAAAGAGUACAAACAAUAUUUUGACAAGUUUCGGUCUGUGUUCUCUCUCGACAGCUCAAUUGCAGUUCAUUAUGUGCCUGGGAAUAACGACGUCGGCAUGGGCGUUUCCCGCGCGCUGUCUAAGAAGGUCCGGCAGAACUACUUUAUGACAUUUGGACCUUUCAAUCACCAAGCAACCAUACGGGGUCAUCAAUUCUUGUUUCUUGAUGCUCCUGGUUUGGUAGAUGAAGACUACCAACGGUCCGCUGAAGGCAUCCCGUAUGAUCGUUGGGACCCCGUUCCCGAAGGCCCGCUGGAAUUCGUCAAGUCUGUCGUUAUAGAUUCCAGCCCCGUCGUGUUAUUCACGCAUAUUCCGCUGGCCCGACCGGACUCCGCAUCCUGCGGUCCUCUAAGAGAAAAGGGUUCUAUUCGUAGAGGAGCCGGUCAUGGCUAUCAAAACACUUUUGGAAAGCAAACUACUUCUUUCCUACUAAAGACCUUACAGCCUAUCGUUGUCUACAGCGGAGACAAUCGUGAUUAUUGCGACUACAAGCAUAAACUCCCUUCUCCAGAUCGCGAAGCCGAACAUAAAAAUGAUAUCCCAGAAAUCACCAUUAAAUCCUUUUCCAUGGCAAGGCAUAUUGAAUAUCCAGGAUUUCAGUUACUCUCCCUUUCCGAUCCCUCAGUCGCUUUAUCAAAGAAUAAAUCAUCGUAUGCAGACGCCUCAUGCACUCUUCCUGAUCAGAAUGGUAUAUACAGCCAUGUCUAUCUCCCUCUGAUACUCCUCAGUUUCAUCGGACUUGUUGUUUUCAAUGUGGCUAGACGACGUCGAAUGAAGCUGCACCUACCUCCAAUUUCAAUAUCAGCCGGAACGCAUCCUGCUAGCCCGUCGCCAUCACACGCUUGGAUUCCUAUAAGUCCUACGGGCUCUCUGCCUUCCGCGCUAAGGACACCUACUUCUGCCGCUGGGCCAACUUUUCGCACCGCGUCACAUCCUGAUCCACAGGGAACGCCUUUGCAUUCUCCAUUAUACUAUCCGCAGGAUAGAGAAGAAGAGGAUCCGAUGUUCCCUGUACAAUACGCUACAAGAGAUACUCGCCUCAUGCAUGACGAGUGGUCUCCGGAGCACUCUGUCGCUACCGCUGAUUACCAUACCUCUUCCGAGUUCGAAUCACCGUCGAGCUCAAAACCUUUCUCUCAUCAUACACCCCGCUGGUCAUGGUCAUGGACUUUUGUUUUGCUUGGAAGGCGGAGACGGAUAACUAUCCGUUUGCCUACGCUAUCUUGGGGUAGAUUCCGUGGCAUCCUGGCAUUGUUAGUUGAAGGACGGAAUUCAGACGCUUUUCUUUCGCGAAGGGGUGUAUUGUUGAGUACGUUCGCGGACGCCCUUAGUAUUAUAUGGCCUUCGCUGUUAUUUUGGACAUUGGUAUCUUGGUGGACUUUUUGAUCAGAUAGAGAACUUGCGCACUAUUUGUACGGCGAAUGCGGGCAUUGAUAACGAAUCUAUAGACAUUAUUGCUGGUAUCCACUGCGCUAGUCGUCCUUCUAAUACUACGAUUGAACAG